AUUUGCGACGUCAAUCAGUUACCAUUCUGUCGUUAGUAAUCAGUGCUUGACAGAAAUUUCUGUAAAAUGACGCCGUUUAAUGUAGCAAACGUAAUAAACAUGUUAGCUACUACGUUUCAAAUUGCGAGUAUAACACAGACACCUAUAACACCAGUGGAAAUUGAAGUACAUAACGAAAUUAAAAAUAUUUUACAAAAAGCUCAGGACACACGUUCAGUGAUAUUGAUAGAUCAUGAUUACGUGCUUGAUUUUGAAGAUCCGUCGGAGCCACAUUCCACGCAAGUUGUAGAACAUAUUACGCCUGCAGAAAAAGAAGAAGAUGAAGGCAGUUUCGAACCUGAAGAAUGCGUUGUUGAUGAUGAAGGAGGCAUAGUCGACUUCAGUUAUAAGAGAAAAGCUGUGGAGUUUUGGAAAAGUGGAAAAAAGGCCUGUAGAACUUUAAGUGCAGUACAACACAAAUUCCGCAAGGUUAAAUCUUAUCAUCAACUAUACAGGUGGGAGACAAGUUUAGAAAAAGGUGGAACAAAUGCAGAUAAAUUUGCAUUUAUUGCGGAAUAUGUACUGCACAAGUUUCAAGAAGCUUGUGAUAGAAAAUCAAUCAUUCAUGAUAUGAAUUUAAGAUUAUGGGCCUUGGAGGCAAAGGAUCAAGUGGAUCUACCCGAAUUCAGGGCAAGUAAAUGGUGGAUUUGGAAGUUUAAAAAAGUACACGGAAUUGUUUCUCGAAAAAUAACCGCAUUCCGAACGCAAUUUACAUUUAAAGAUCAAGAAAAUAUACAAAAUGUCGCAAAAGAAUUUGUUUCAAAUGUAAAGUCCAAGAUCCCAGCUAUAGGACUAGAAGAAGUUUAUAAUGCAGACGAGAGUGGCUUCAACCUUGAAAUACAUUCUGGGCGAACAUUAGCGAAAUCAGGAGUGAAAAUAAUUGAGGCAGCAGUUCAAAGUAUAUCUUCAACAACACAUAGUUAUACUAUAAUGCCUCUUAUUUCGGCAAGUGGAAAUCUUCUUUCACCACUGUACAUCGUUUUGAAGGAGUCUACAGGAACAUUUGGACCGAGGGUGGAAGAAACUCUAUUUCGUCCAGUUAACAUAUACAUCCAGGCUUCAAAAUCAGGAAAACUCACUGCAGAACAUUUCAAAACUUGGUUCACCGAAGUAUAUCUACCGAAUACUGGCAGUAAAAGUAUGCUUCUACUUGACUCAUGGACGGGACACUGCCCGAGCCAGCUAGAGCAACAUGUACCACAAGUUUCCGCCUUCAAAAUGCGACACUUGUAAAGCAAGUGUCCCGGUGAAUAUAGUACGACCACUCAUUGAUGAAACAAAUUCUUCUACAGCUCCUCCUUUUACAGCUGAAGAAAUCAUGCGGCGCGGUGGCGGAAGAGGAGCAAUAAUUCAAAUACUACGGGAGAGGCGGGAGGCUCGUGAAAAUCGUUAAUUUAUAAUUUUGUAUAAUUUUUAAUUUUGACUUUCCACGACAAUUAGAAUAUGUAACUAUUUUUUACUCGAGAGUCGUUUACUCAAGUUUAGUUGUUUAACAAUAUUUUGUUAAUAUUAAGAUAUUUAUGAUAGCGGCUGAUGAAGGCCUAGUGAGGCAGAAAUUGGUUCCGCGUUAUUAUAAUAAUGUACAUUGCUCGCUAAUGUAUAAUGCUUGCUCCUACUUGUACAUAAUAAAAAUAUAUGUAAUUUAGAAUAA